AUGUUCUGUAAGGCGUUCAGAGUGAAGUCACACAGUGCCUUGAAAAGCUCGGACAGGAAAAAGUUGCGAGGAGACAUUAGCUCUGCGUUUCCUUCACUGACGACUGAAAAGCUUGCUGAACUAAUGCCACCCAAAGAAGACUUGACUGUUGUUAAAGUAUUUGUCCACAAAGGAGAUGCAGUGUCAGUCUAUGUCCUCAACAAGAAUCCUAUCGUAUUUGAACUAGAAAGAAAUUUCUACCCAACAGUCUACACUUUAUGGCACCAUCCAGAUCUUUUACCAGUGUUCACCACCUGGCCACCUGUAUUUGAAAGAAUGUCUGGUGAUGGCGGUGCAGAUUUGAUGCUCCCUGGUGUUUUGGUAUCAUCUUUUGGUUUACCUGAGGUACGGCAGGGAACCCUGUGUGCAAUCACCUUAGUGGGAAACAGGGCUCCCGUGGCAAUAGGUGUGGCCACUAUGUCUACAAAAGACAUGCUGGCUUCAGGAAUGAAAGGCAAAGGUUUCAACAUUUUGCACACCUAUAAAGAUCAGCUUUGGGCUUAUGGUGACGAGUCAUGUCCUCCUAACAUUCCACCAGAGGAGAUCGAGGUUGCAUCAUCUGCAAACUGGAGGAAGGGUCUUUGGACUCAGAAAGCCCAGCUUGUAUCACAGAGUUGGAAAAUCUGCACCUGGAGGAAUUUGCAGCAACAGCCCAGCAGGAAGGUGGAGAAGUAAAAGAGAGUACUGAGACAUUAGAGGAAGAGAAAGUAGGAAUAUCCGAUGUGGAGAACUGCAGUACCUCCUCACAAGAAACCAUGGAUGACUUGCUACACCAGUGCUUUUUUCAUGCAUUGAAGUAUAAAGUGAAGAAAUCAGACCUUCCCCUUCUUACAAGCACAUUUCUUAGGAAUUACCUCUUUGCUUGUUGCCCUGAAGGACAGCAAGUGGAUAUUAAAAAGUCUAGCUACAAAAAGCUGUCGAAGUUUCUACAGGCCAUGCAGCAACGUAACAUCUUGCAGGUGAAGGAGCUUAGUAAAGGGGUAGAAAGCAUUGUUGAAAUACACUGGAAGCACCCAGAUGUGAUAUCAUUUGUUGCUCCAGAAACUGUUCUUCCAUUAGAGACCUGUGAAACAUCAGAUGGUGGUCGAAAGCAGCCAUAUCAGCCUCCUGAAAUCAUCACUCUAUAUGGAAUCAAUGCAAAAAUGCUUCCUUUGUUCCAGGCAUCAGGGCAUAGGAAGGGUGACCUGCUCAAUCCGAGUGAUGUCAGAAGUGUCAUCAUCACUUAUGUGAAGACCAAUGAGCUGGUUUAUUCUGAUAACAAAAACUUUGUAACAGUUGACCCUCUUAUAUGUGACUGCUUACUGGAUGCAUCAGAAAAACAUGAUCUCCUGCUUCUCAAGUGGGAUGAUUUAUUGACAAGGUGCUUGGAAAGAAUGCAACCUUCACAUAGAGUUACCUUCCCUGGGAGCUCUCCUGUUGUUCGUAAGGGAAAUAUUGAGCCCAUUGAAAUCACUGUAGCACAGAGGGCAUCAAACAAGAAGGUUACCAUCAUCAAGAACCUGGAACUUUAUGGCCUAGAUCCUCUUUCAGUUGGCAGCUUAUUACAGCAAAGAGUUCAGGCAAGCUUCUCUUGUACAGUGCUCCCUGGUACAAAAGACAGAGUACAAGUGCAGAUUCAAGGCAAUCAAGUGUCACAAACUGGAAAGUUGCUGCUUGAACAUUUUAAGAUUCCUCGAAAAUACAUAAGUGGCCUAGACCUGGCAGUUAAAGCUGGCAAGAAGAAAUAA